GGCUCGGAGGCCGGAAGCGUUGCUACGGAGCCGCAGGGUAACCCGCGCCGAGGCCCUUCCUGGUUCCCCGCGGAGGCCGCUCCGCCAGCGCCGACAUGGCCAAGUGGGGCCAGGGGGACCCGUGCUGGAUCGUGGAGGAGCGGGAGGACGGGACCAACGUGAACAACUGGCAUUGGACAGAGCGGGAUGCCACUAGCUGGUCCAAGGGGAAACUCCAUGACCUCCUGGUGGGCAUUGUCGUGGAGAAUGAGACUGGCCUUGGUGAGAUCAGCGAGCUGAAGCAGGUGGAAGGGGAGGCUUCUUGCAGCAGCCGCAAAGGAAAGCUGACUUUCUUCUAUGAGUGGAACAUCAGAUUGAGCUGGAAAGGUAUAAUUAAAGAAUCUGGUGCAGAGCACAAGGGAUUGAUUGAAAUACCCAGCCUUUCUGAAGAAAAUGAAGUAGAUGACACCGAGGUGAAUGUGAGUAAAAGGAAAGGAGAUGGGGAUAUAUUGAAGGAUCUUAUGAAAACUGCAGGCACCGCCAAGGUCAGGGAGGCCCUUGGAGAUUACCUGAAGGCACUUAAGACGGAAUUUACAGUAGGAAUGAUUUUACCAACGAAAGCUAUGGCAACCCAGGAAUUGACAGCUAAAAGGAAACUGAGUGAGAAGGCCUUGCAGGCUUCCUCUCCAGCGGGGUUGGGUGUAAGGAUCCCCACGGUGGCACUGCACAGAACAGAACUGUUUGACACAACUGCCGAGCAGCUGUACUGCAUCUUCACUGUGAAGGAUUUGGUACAGAAAUUUUCUAAAUCUCCUGCUAUAUUAGAAGCUGAAAAAGGAGGGCGAUUCCAAAUGUUUGAUGGGAACAUCACUGGUGAAUAUGUAGAACUGUUGACAAAUAAAAAGAUCGUCAUGAAAUGGAGAUACAGGAACUGGCCAGAAGAACACUAUGCGACAGUUGCACUGAAUUUUGUGCCUACUCCAGGGCAAACGGAAUUGCAGUUGGACUGUAAAGGAGUUCCUGUCUGUAAAGGGGGCAUGAAAUUCUGUUGGCAGAAGCAGCAUUUUGAAGAAAUAAAAGGUUUACUGCAGCUGACCACCCUAAAUGGUUGAAUUAGUUAGAUUUUAUAAGGGCAUUAUUUUUUGUAAGCAGAUAGUGUCAAGCUUACCUCUUCCCUAUUAAUCCUUUUAAAAAAGAAAACACCCUAAUUUAUUUUGGAUGAAAUCCAUGACCUCUUACAGAAUUCAAAGCACUGCCGAAUCUUUACUACAACUGGAGCCUCACUGGGUUAAAAGUAACAAGCAACCUGGAAAUUAGGUGUUAUCCUUACCUCCCAUAGAUGCUCCUCGGGGAACAGAUUGAGCCUCUGAGUACAAAAACUUGAAGUUGCCCACCAAAGCUUGUCCUGGCAAGCCACUUGCAGCUGUAGUUUUAGUUCAAGAAGGCCAAAAAUAAAUGGCAUGUCAAUACCGUUCCUUUAUUUUACUUCAGCGUUUUUAAGGUCUGUAGCUCUUAGCAGCCAUGUUGUGUUCAGAAGCAUGUUGGAGUGAGAUGCCUCAGGCCUUGUCAGCAGGCUGCUCCCUGCGGCGGUUACACACUCCAGGCAGAGGACCAACAGGCCGCUGGGCAGCUUCCGUUCUGGACCGCCGCCACCACUAAGGAAAUAGAAUAUAACGGAGGAGUGCUUCCUUCCUGCUCACAGUGUCAUUACUUUCAUCUGAGAAGACUAAAGCAAUGUUAAAUGUAAACAAAUGAAAAGUCAUCACAAUCAGUUUAAUUAAGUGCACAGAAUAGCAGUCAGUCAUGUCAAUAAAAAUAAAACAAUUAUUUUUA